AUGGCACGGUGUAAGUGCGGAGGAAGGGCUUUGUGCCUGUGUCUUCUUCCCUUUCUCAUGAUGAGUCACCUUUUGGUGUAUAUCAUGGUGUCCAUAUUUGUUGCCAUGUCCUACACACCCGAGCCCCGGUUACCUCUUCAUUUUAUUGCCCCUGGUGCCUCAUCAAACUCCGGUGAUCUAUCACCUCACCCGCUUACUGCCUUCUGGAACCUGCGCUUGGUGGAUGGGGCUUUGUGGAACCGCCUUCAGCACCUCCAGGACAGACAACACAAUCCCAUUUUGAAUGGUAACAGCACAGGAGGCAGAACUCUAGCCACUGGCCACACUUACAUGCAUGGGACUGAUGCUUCUCCUCCAUGUGGGCCUGACCACCUCUGGGCCUCUCAAGUGCCUGACUUUAACACCAUGCCAGAACAGAUGCAGGACUUUAUCUUGUCCAUGCAUUGCAGGCACUAUAUGCUUCUAAUGGACCAGCCUGACUUGUGCAUUGGGCAAGACACUGAGUCGAAGGCACCCAUGCUUUUAAUGGCAGUCAAGUCUCAGGUGGGGCAUUUUGAGAACAGACAGGCCAUCAGAGAGACAUGGGGAAGGAGUGGCUGGGUAAAGGAAGAGACAGGUGGGAAAAGAUGGCAGGUGCGCACUGUCUUCUUGCUUGGAAGGCAAGACACAACAACAGGACCCCAUCCAGAUCUGGGGGCCCUCCUACAGCUGGAGAGCAACCGUCAUAGGGACAUUCUGCAGUGGGACUUCAGAGACACUUUUUUCAACCUCACCCUGAAGGACGUGCUCUUUUGGGACUGGAUCUCAAUGCACUGCUCACAUGCUCAUUAUAUCUUCAAAGGAGAUGAUGAUGUUUUUGUCAGGACAGGUGCUCUCUUAGACUACCUGAAUGAGCACCAAGCAUCUUCUCAAGGUGCAAAUGAUAGAGCCAAAAGAAGAGAAGAAUUCCUUGCAGGGGAUGUGAUAGCUAAUGCUUUGCCUAGUCGCCAGCCCACCACUAAAUAUUACAUACCUGAGAGUUUCUAUAAAGGCUUGUAUCCAACCUAUGCAGGUGGAGGAGGAGUGGUUUACUCUGGUGCCUUGGCUAUGCAGCUGCAAGAGAUUUCUCAGUGGGUCAGCUUGUUCCCUAUUGAUGAUGUGUACUUGGGGAUGUGCCUCUAUAGAUUGGGGGUAUCACCUGUCCAUCACCUUGGCUUUUUGACCUUUGAUCUACCGCAGGCUGAUCGGGAGAAACCGUGCGCUUAUCACAGAGUACUCCUGGUGCACAAGCGGGACCCCAAAGAGAUGCUUACACUUUGGAGGCAACUAAGGCCUCCACUACCUGAAUGCUAG